AUGUCCUCUGAAGCCGAGACUGUAGUGAUAAAGAAGCGUAACCGUCCAACAACUCGCAUCCGUGACCGCUCCACCGAACCAGAGCUCGACUCCGUCCAACAUCCGCCGGAAGAUGCACCUGCCGAGGCGGAUUCAGACGAAGGCAAGAACCUUCCUUUAGAUGACCUUAUAGAACUACGCAAGCUUCGGCGAGCGCGCCAGGGUAUCGACGUCACGAAACUCAACAAGGGCGAGCCACGGAAGCGGAAGAAGAACGCUGAUGCAGAUGACGGAUCGACUACUACGCCUGUUGGGCUCAUCAAGGGUAAGACCAGGGAAAUCGAGGAGGCCGAGGAUAGGGAACGGGAAGAGAACAAAGCCCGUCGGACUGUCCGUACGAACAACUUCACUCAACAAACUAACGCGCUAGAUGUCGACAAACACAUGAUGGCAUACAUCGAAGAGAACAUGAGGCAACGUCGUGGCGAACGAGGCGAGAAGAUAGAGGAUGAAGAGGCUCCCAAACCGUUGGACCCACAAGAAGAACUUUACCGUAUCGCAGAGAAAUUUAAAACGCAGAACAAUGCUCGAGGACAGGAAGAAGGAAGCGUAACGAACAGCUUGUCCAUGCUUACUGCUAUUCCAGAGGUGGAUCUCGGGAUGGACGCGCGACUGAAAAAUAUCGAAGAAACGGAGAAAGCGAAACGCGCAGUUGCUGAAGCGAAGAAAGAGAGACGUCAGAACAACGACGAGGAACACCUCGCCGCUACACGCUUCUACAAACCCAACAUCAAGCAAAAAUCCGACGCCGACAUCAUCCGGGACGCAAAACUCGAAGCCAUGGGUUUACGCCCAGAUGACUACGAACCACGAAGACACCAUCCUGAGAAAGUGCAGACUGCUACUGACGAGAUGAUAAUGGAACGCUUCAAGAAGAGAAUGCGGAAGUAA